CUGUGGAUAAGGCUCUCCUAAUAUCAGAGCUCUAGCCCUUGGAGCCCUGUUCUCUCCUUUGACCUAAUCUUAGAUCCUAAGGCAGUUGUCAGCCAUGGCUGCCAUUGCUCCGGCCGGACCAUGCACAGCCUCUGCUAAACUGGUUGCGUCGCAACCUCGUCGCAGCGCCGUUGCCGUCGCAUCACCCUCCCUGUCAGCCUCCGCUCUCGGUCGCAGGUUCGAUGGCCUGCGACUCUCCGCGUCUCCCGCUUCCAGCGCCACGUCAGCCGGUCUUCUCGACUCCUCGAGCCGCGUUUCCUCAGCCAGGAGCGGGUGUAGAGGCGUGGUGACUAUGGGUCUGGAGGCUGGAGUCGGGGUUUUGGGUAACAAGGUCGGCAUGCUGACGUGGUUCACGGAGGACGGCAAGGCCGUUCCCUGCACGGUGAUUGGCUUCCACGAGGGUAACAUUGUUACGCAAGUGAAGACCACUGACACCGAUGGCUACAAUGCCGUGCAGGUCGGCUACCGGCGCGUGCGCGAGGGGCGUCUUUCGAAGCCCGAGGCGGGGCACGCGAAGAAGAGCGGCGCCCCCCCUCUGCGCCACCUGCAGGAGUUCCGCCUGCCCGCGGAGACAGUGGCGCAGUUCGCGCCGGGGCAGCAGAUCAAGGUGGAGGAGCUCUUCCAGGCGGGCGACCUGGUGGAUAUUAAGGGCGUCAGCAUCGGCAAGGGCUUCGCGGGUGGCAUCAAGCGCUGGAACUUUGCCCGUGGUCCCAUGACCCACGGUUCCAAGUCCCACCGUCAGCUGGGGUCCAUCGGUGCUGGUACCACCCCCGGACGUGUUUACCCCGGAAAGAAAAUGCCCGGGCAGAUGGGUAACGCCCAGGUGAAAAUCCGCAAGCUGAAAAUCAUGAAGGUUGACCCUGAGCUCCGGGCAGUUAUUAUUCGGGGGGCUGUGCCCGGGAAGGCUGGAAAUUUGCUGCGCAUCUGCCCGGCUAAGAUUGUGGGGAAGAAUGUUCCUAGCAAGUAGGAGUGAGUGCAGAUGAAGACUUCAGCAGAUGGUGGUUGCUUGUUUGCUUCACGAAAUCAUUAUGCAACUUGUAUACCUGUCCUGUCCAGCUACUAAAGCGAAGCUUGAGACAGGUAGGACACAUUGGGCUGAAUCACGUAAGAGCAGAGAACGUUGGCUUUGUUGCAUUGGACUAUUUGGCGAAAGUCCUCCCAUGAGUAAUAACAUAAACUCCACUUU